AUGUCAAAUCUCGCGAAACUUGAAUUUGUGGCUCUUGAUAUUUCUGGAAAGAACUAUUUAUCAUGGGUAUUAGAUGCUGAAAUCCAUUUGGCUGCAAAGGGUCAUGGUAAUACUAUCAAGGCCGGAAAUAAUGAAUCGGAUCAAGAUAAGGCCAAAGCUAUGAUAUUCCUUCGCCAUCACCUUCAUGAGGCUCUAAAGAAUGAAUAUUUAACUGUUAAAGACCCAGUAGAGGUGCUUUGGAGUAAUUUAAAGGAAAGAUAUGACAACCAGAAAACUGUGAUACUACCCUCAGCUCGUUAUGAAUGGCGAAAUUUAAGACUGCAAGAUUAUAAAUCUAUCAGUGAUUAA